GGUCCCCCACAGUCGUCCGCCACCCUGAGGAAGAUUCACCAGUCAGACAUGGGUUCAGUACUCAGGCUCAUGAUUGCUGUUCUUCUGGCACGGUGCUGGUUGACCAACGGUGAUGGUCUCGAGAGCCGAUGCGCAGAAAAAUACAGCCAAGAUUCCAAAGUAUGCUGUAAGAAGUGCUCUCCAGGGCAUCGCCUGCUGAGUAGGUGCGGCGUGGACCUUGAAGGGCUCUGUGUUCCUUGCGAAACUGGAACCUACCUCGAUGAAGCUGGAUACACUUGCAAAUUGUGCAAAGACUGUACAGACCCACAUGUCCUGAAGGAGUCGUGCACCAGCAGCAGGGACGCGGUGUGCGGCUGCAAGGCGGGGAACCGCUGCGGGGAUGCCGAGUGCUCCUUCUGCAUCGAGGAAUGUGGGAAGGGCUUCGAGCCCAAGGAUCCAUUUUCCUGCCGUCGAUGCCCUGACGGCACCUUCAAUGACAAGAUCCACGAGAAGUGCGUUCCGUGGAGCACAAGCUGCCCUCAGCCAGACCAGCAGAUUGCGGCUAAUGGCACCGCAGAAACGGACAUCGUCUGCGGCAGCGUUUCGAAAAAAGUCCAAGGGAAUUUUCCAUCCGCAAAAGACACCGCGUCGCAUGGAAUGAUGGUAGUGGCGAUAGCAGUUGCCUGUUUCUGUCUGGGCUUGUUGCCGACCUGCUUCCUCAUGGGCAAGAUGUAUAUGAAAAAGAAAACUGCAACAUUAACACCUGAAAAGAGGCAAACAGAGGGCUCCAGUAAGGCGAUGCACCCCCAGAACUGCCAGUUCGGUCAGCCGGAGCAGGAACAGGGUGGCAGCAUGGGCUCCAUCAGCUCUGACGAGUCGCAGAAGACCCUCCUGUCCGUGUGACCCGGACCUUUGCCUCGGGCUCGCUGCAAGAGCACUGUGAAACCCAUUCGCCGCACUGCAAGACAACUACAACAACACGCAAUGAGACAUCCCUCGACAUUCUCCUGUUCUUAUUUCCAUGAUUUUGUACACUAUACCUCUGCUAAAGAUGUGUUUCUUUUUGAGAAAAUUCUUCUGUAUAUAUUUUAGGUAUGUAUUUAACUUUUUCAGAUUGGAGGCCUCAUUUACAAUGGUUUUACGUGCAUGGAUGUAGUUUUAAGCAUCCAUCCACCACUACCCAUGUAACAUGAUGGUUUACUGAAUUUGAUGGGAAAAAGAGCCUAGCUAUGUACAAGAUCCUUAGAAAAACAGAAGCAGUAUAGGCUUCUAUUGCAACCACGCAGCAGAGCGCAGUGUCAAUAAGAUACUGCAGUCCCGCAAUUUACGAAAUUGUCCAGAUAAAGAGGGAUCCCUUUAAUAAGCAAGUGAGCUCAUAAAUGGAGGGAUGCCUGUACGUGUGGAUGGCGUCGAUUCAGCAGUCGUAAGCUAUCCUUGGAUACAUAACGAAAUGCUGAGCUCAUGUCACUAUAUUAAUUUUUUUUUUUUUUUAAUUCAGUCCUUUCCUUCAUUUGAAAUAACCAAAUCAUGGAGUCAAAAGCAACUGUUGCAACUAUUAAUUUUUAUGCCUGUUAUGUGACUGUAACCCGCAUGAUGAAUGUUAAAAUUUUGAGGUCAAGUGUUGUGCCUUAUUAGUAGUCUGCUAGUAUUUAAAGGAGACAGGUAACAGACAAGCCAAGGUUGCGCUCGCUCGUGGAAUCGUGUGCGAUACGCAAGGCUGUAGUGACAGGCCUUCUCGUGCAGUCAUGACGAUGAAUGGUUAUUGUGCCUGAAUUGUUUCCAGAGAUGCUUCAUUAAGCCUGCGCAAGCAGCUUGUACAGCUGAAAGCACUGUGACUCUACUAUGGUAAUACAGUACCAUCCAAGUGCUCUCUUCCCUGGAGUUUCUGGCUGCUAGGAGCUUUCAAAAGGAGCGUAGUGAUGGGUCAGGAAAAUCUCUGCCCUCCGUUAGCCCGGUCAUGCGUACAGUGCUGGGAGACCCUUUUCCUUUUUCUGUUGGGCAGGAACAAAUACUUGAUGUGAUGUUUUCUGUAAAAAAAAUCGCUGUUAUGGCUUCCACAUGGCGUGUUUUCUGACCCAAACUUUCGCGGGAAGAACAUCCCAUGACCUUGUCUUCAUCUUGCCCUGAAAAUGAGCCAAACGCAGAACAUUUCCUAAGCGCAGAUGAACAGUUCUUAAUGUGUGUUCAAAGUGGGAUGUUUGUUCGGAUUAAACACAUUCGUGUGACUAGCGCCGCUCUUUACAAAUGUCCACUCAUUGUACAAAUCACGUUUACGCACGCAUCGGAUCUGAGUCAUCUGUGUAAACAAGUGUCCUAGGAUCUCGGAAAAGCUUUGACAUCCAACUUCCUCACUUUAUUUUGAAACGGGGCCAAAAGGAAGUGAUGAUGAUUUAUUGAUUUCAGUCUGGUCUCUAUGGAUGACUAUUUAUUACAGUAUUAGGACAUUUAAUUAGCAGCUCUCAGUGAGCUUGAUGAGGCUUGCAAAAAGAGACAGCCGAUAGCGGGGCGGUUGG